UCCAUUCUUUAACCUCAGUCUACAGUCUACUGUUUCUGUCUUUGCCAAAUCUCUUGUUGGAUUCAGCUUGAUUGAUUGUAAUGAAUUUGGGGAGCUCAAACAUGGCUGGAGGUGCACUGGAGACGGCCUUCUCUCUCCUGCUGCUUGCCUCUAUUAUACAAGGGCUCCGGGAUGUUGAUCUGUUCCAUAAUGAAACGGUGGAAGCAGUAGUGGGCCAGAACAUUAGCCUACCCUGUAUUGUGAAAAACAGUGCCAAUAUAAAGGUUGUCAAUACUGAAUGGGGUAAGAGAGAAAAUGAAAUCAAAAAGCUGGCUCUGUACACACCAGGUUUUGGAGUCUAUCGGUUUAGGCCUAAUGUAAGCAUCCAGACUGUGUACAAUGAUGCAAAGAACUUCAUGGGCUCCUAUCUACAGCUUUAUGAGGUGGAGAAAGAGAACGGUGGCAUCUAUGUUUGUGAUGUUACAACUUUUCCUUUUGGCUCCAUCAGAGUUGAAACAGUGCUAAAGAUCAAAGAUGUUGUCAGAAUAACGUGUGAUGCAAAUAGCACUGUUGAAGUCCAGUCUGGAGAAAAUGUGACCAUUAAAUGCAAGGUAUCCCCAAUUGCACAGUACAGGUGGACCAAGAAUGAGAAGCUGGUGUCGCAGAGUGAAUCUCUGGAGCUCUGGUGGGUGACUUCUGCUCACGCAGGGGUUUAUACACUGUCUAUCAACACAGGAAACGAAACCCUGCAUGAGAUGUUCAACAUCAUAAUCCUAGCAACCACUACAAGCUCAAGGAGAGAUCUUGUGACAGUGUCGCCAUGGUUUGAUGUAACUGAAGGUCUGAACAAAUCAGCAGACAGCAGCCUUACCACAUCACAGACCACUGAGCUUUCACCCACUGACACUAGUGUAACUUCGACCAUAGGUGUGGCAACUGGUGUAACAGAUAAUAAUCCCAACAAUAACCUCAGCAAUGUUACUAACACAUCCUUCAACAACUUCCACAACUUGACUACAUUAAGUUAUGGUAAAACCAUGUUGGCCAGUGAUGUGACGAGGAAUGACAUGAGUUCAGAGGAGUCCAGCACCUUGGGAAGCAAUAUAACACACUCUUCAAAACCUGGUGCAACCCCAACUUUGAUCACUGGAAGUACAACAGAAGCCAUUGAGGAUAACGAUACUGGACGAAGUCAUCUGUUGUUGGUGUGCAUCAUCGUUCCGAUUCUGGUAUUGAUCGCUGGCAUUCUGUACAGGAGACAUAUCAUAAAGAAGAGGAUGAGUGAACCUCCUCCAUUUAAACCCCCUCCUCCUCCAGUCAGGUACACAGCUACAAGACAACGGAACAAACCGCCAUUCCCCAUCUCAAGGUGUAAUUCAGUAACAGAACUUGACAUGAAACAAGUGUCUAACAUAUAAUGUAAACUGUGUGAACUGUCUUUGCUACAUGCAGAAUCUACUUUCACUUGUGGUCAGUUUCAAACUGCAGCGAAGGCUUGUGCAAUUGUGC